AUGACAUCCGCAUAUUCUCAUGCGAUUUUGGCUCUAACGCUUGAGAACUUCUAUGAAAUACCGGAUUUCCUGCCUGCGAUAGCAGAGGCAACAGAACGAACUUCGGAACGACUGCUCAUUAUCUUGUUCUCGAGACUGUUUAAUGCAAACGCGAAACUGAGCCAUACAGGAACCUGGAAUGAGGUGCAGACACUUCUGGCUUCUGUUUAUGUGGAAUCUACGCGUGCUGCGCAAAAGUUGGAUAGGAUACUCAUGGAUGUGGACGUACUGUUGAAGGGCUUUGAUGCGGAAGUAUGUGUCGACAGUAAGGAUGGGUGGCAAGGUUUAUUCCUCCUAGAAGGCGAUUCGACGGCUUAUCCACUACCUCAAUGGAGUUCGACUCUUCGCAUAACGCAUCUGAAGUCAACGAACGCUCCACCAUUAGAAGUCCCCAGUGCUACUGAGAAGAACACUAUGAAUCCCUCGACCUUUCCCAUUAUCGCCUUGGGUGGGACGUUCGACCAUCUUCAUUCAGGUCAUAAAAUACUCCUCAGCAUGGCAGCGUGGAUUGCACAUGAGAAGGUUAUCGUCGGCGUCACAGAUGACAAGCUACUUCAAAAGAAAGUAAACAAAGAUGUUAUAGAACCUUUAGACCUUCGGAUAGAACGCGUUCGAAGGUUUAUGGAAUUUUUCAAACCGGGUCUUGUCUACGAUGUCGUUCCUAUCGAUGACGUCUACGGGCCUACAGCGGUAGAUCCGAAUAUCCAAGUUCUUGUAGUAAGCAAAGAAACCCUGGGAGGUGCUUCGGCCAUCGCGAAGCUACGUGAAGAGAAGAAAUAUCCGGCAUUAGAAUGCUUCGUUAUAGACGUCAUAUCAGCUACUUCGGCUAACCUCGACUCUGAGGAUAUGGAGAUGCUCCGGCAAGCGAAGAUGAGCAGCACGUUCAUCCGAGAAUAUCUCGUUGCUCGUCGGGCAUCAAAGCAGUAG